UAUAAAAAACUUGCAAAUUUCCAAAACCAAUCCUCAGAAUUUUUCCAACGAUGUGAUUCCCUUAACGCACAGUAAUAUUUAUUCUGCGCAAUCCUAUUUUUACCUUUACAAUGACUCUACGAGUGGUAGCGGUACACAUGAAGAAGCACCAAAAAAGCUAAACGAUAGUAAUGAUAGUUCAGAUUGAGUUAAAUUAAAUAAAUCUCACCACCUAUUGAGCCGUACAUUGUGCUGCCAGACGCUCAACGACCAUGCGUCUGACCGUGAUUAUCGUUCUGUUUUGCUACUUAGAGUAUUCGGAUUGCUGCGAAAACAAGGAGCCAAUAUGUCAAGUUCAGCCGAAUGUCAGCAUCGCAGCCCUGAUCCUAGCCCGUGGCGGAUCCAAAGGAAUUCCGCUGAAAAAUCUAGCAAAAAUUGGUGAAACAUCACUGCUGGUUCGAGCACUCGAAAUUAUACACCGGUUCGGUCGAUUCGAAACGAUUUGGGUUUCCACCGACGAUGACCGGAUUGCAAACGAAGUAUAUUCAGCUUUUCCGGGGAAUCAAACCUUGGUGCACAUCCGGCCACCAGAAGUGGCCCAAGAUCACACCACAUCCAUUGAAUCGACGCAGGAGUUUCUGAGCAAGCAUCGUGAGAUCGAAAACGUUGCUCUGGUGCAGUGUACCUCUCCCUUCCUGACGGUUAAAUAUUUGGAGGAGGCGUUCCCAAAAUUUCAACAGUCAUCACAAGUGGAUUGCGUUUUCAGCGUGGUAAGAAGUUUCAAGUUGCGUUGGACGUUCGGAACUGCUGACGGUGUCAGCAGCAGUAGCAAGUUGAUUCCAUUGAAUUUUGACCCCGCCAGGAGGCCACGUCGUCAGGACUGGACCGGAGAACUGGUGGAAGCUGGAAUGUUCUAUUUUGCCAGGCGGACUCUGCUGACGGAUGGUCGCUUUCAAAACGAGAACUGUGCUGUAGUGGAAAUUGACGCCAGGGAUGCGCUGGAAAUCGACCGUAGCGAGGAUUUGACACUGGCAAGAAUGAUGGUGGAAGCCAGACGAAAGGAUGGAUAAAAAGGUUAGGUUUGUUUCAGCACUUACUUUUAUGUUGAAGCGAAAAUGUUUGAACAGGUUUAAACCUUGGAAAACGAGAGCACUUGUAUGUACUUUUUUAUUCUUACCGAAAUAAAUCUGCCGGUAUCUGAA